AUGGUUGGGUGUUUCGCGUUUCUCAAGCCCACCCGUAGCGGUGACAAGGCGGAUAAGAACAAGACCGGCGGCAAAUGCGAUUGCAAAUGUGAUACGCGCUCGACCGCCGCUUGCACCACCUCGAGCCUCAACUCGUCGGAAAAGACGCCUCUGUCUGCAUCCAUCUACUACGAUGCUUGUAACCCGCCUCCUUUCUCGGCGGACGAGCAGUCGCGAUGCUGUGGUGGCUACUCGUCUUCGGGAUUCGCACACGCCCAUUUGCCUACGUAUGGUGAUUCGCAGUCACACUCGCGAUCGAGCAACCGCGCGCGCUACGCAGAGAGCGCUCCCGAGCCAAGCGCACAGAUGCUCGACGUUGCCAAAUCGAUCGAGUCCGAGAUUGCAAAGCUCGAUUCAGAGCUGCGUUCGCUCUCGCUCGACAUGCACGACCAUCCGGAGAUUAUGUGGGAGGAACGUCGAACGCACGAUCUGUUUGUCAAGUAUCUUUCCUCCAAGAAGGGCUGGAAGGUUACCCCACACGCUUACGGCCAGCAAACUGCGUUUGAAGCCCUCUUUCAGCACAAGGCGAGCAACGACUCGCGCGUGAUUGGAUUCCAGUCCGAACUCGAUGCGUUACCGGGAAUCGGUCACGCUUGUGGGCACAACUUGAUCGCCAUCUCUGGUGUAGCGGCUGCCCUGUCUGUCGCUGCUACGCUGGUUGCACACGACAUUGCUGGCACGGUGAUACUUCUGGGUACUCCUGCCGAAGAGGGAGGAGGAGGCAAGAUCCGACUGGAAAGGAAUGGAGCGUACAAGCGCAUGGAUGCGUGCCUGAUGGUUCAUCCUGCUCCAGUGUCUGGCACCGGUCCGAUGCUUGCGGUUCAACCGGUGGUGGUGACCUACAAGGGACGCACGGCUCACUCGGGUGCAGCGCCUUGGGAAGGAGUCAAUGCGCUGGAUGCCGCCGUUCUGGCAUACAACAACAUCUCUGCGCUCCGACAGCAGAUACUUCCCACGCAACGUGUGCACGGCAUUAUCAAAGGCAACAACUGGGCGCCAAAUGUUGUUCCGGGCGAAUCCACGCUGAUCUACAAUGUUCGCUCGCCCACCGUUUCCGGGCUGAAAUCGUUGGUGGCAAGGGUGCAAAAGUGCUUUGAAGCCGCAGCGCUCGCUACGGGCUGUACGGGCGAGUACGACUGGCAGACCGCGUAUGCUGAUGUGCACAAUACGCCCAGCCUGUCGCACGCGUACGCCGGCGUCUUGAAGCAACGCUACAAUCUCGACGUAUCUGACGACGCGUUUGCAGCAUCCACCGAUUUCGGCAACAUUACCUACGCGCUUCCGUCGCUACACGCCGAGUACGCCAUCCACCUCGACGACCCGCGUACUCAGGGCAAUCACACCAUCGGCUUCGCCGAAGCUGCCAGAUCCAUCGAGGCUCAUGAGAGAACCAAGGAGGCUGCUCUCGGCAUCGCCGUCAUCGGUGCUCGAGUGUUGGUCGACAAGCAGUUCCGAGAUCACAUCUGGCACGAAUGGCGCCAAUGGAGAAAGGAUGCAGAUGGGCCCUGA